CGACAUUGACAUCUUGACAUUGGUAACAUUGCAGAAAUGCCAGAAAUCACACUAAAAUUUCUAUCCGUUUAAAUAUAAUUAAAAUAGUAGCGAUUUCUGUCUAAUAUUUGGUAUUAAGUGCUCUCAAAAUUCUUUGAAAUAACAUGGAACUCCAAGACACUUACUACAAUAAAUCAGAAUAUGUCGAAACGGCCUCAGGAAACAAAGUAAGCAGACAAACAGUGUUAUGUGGUUCACAAAACAUUAUACUACACGGAAAAGUGAUUGUCCAGAGCGAUGCAAUAAUAAGAGGCGACUUGGCGAAUGUGAAGACAGGCAGAUUUUGUAUCAUAAGUAAAGGAUCAGUUAUCAGGCCACCUUUCAAGAAAUUCAGUAAAGGGGUCGCUUUCUUCCCAUUACAAAUGGGAGAUCAUGUCUUUGUUGGAGAGAAUACAGUUGUUAAUGCAGCUGUUGUUGGAUCGUAUGUGUAUAUUGGAAAAAAUGUAGUAAUUGGCAGGAGAUGUGUAUUGAAAGAUUGCUGUAUGAUUGAAGAUAACUCUGUCUUACCUGCGGAGACUGUUGUACCAUCCUUUGCUCGGUACUCCGGCAGUCCUGCUCGACUCAUCACAACAUUACCUGAAGCGAUGCCGGAUCUUAUGACAGAGUUUACGAAAAGUUAUUAUCAGCAUUUCCUACCUACUGCUGUUAAUUAGAGUUUUUUUUUUAUCAUUCCCAUCAUAAAAUAUUUACUUAUUCUAUUAGGCUAAGUAUUGUUUGCACAUAAAUGAAUUUUAUUUCCAGUGUGUCACUGUUUAUAAAAAUAAUAAUAAAGUAAUUUAUUAUUUAGAUAAAAA